GCGGGACCUGCCAGAUGGAUGACUGGAGUUUCCCUUGCGGUCUAAAGAUUAAUGGAAGGGCUCUGUUGAUCUUAGUAAUCGACCCUCAGAUGAUCGGUCCCAUUGCACUUGACGGCUGGUUUGGGAAUGAAUGGAGAGACAUCCAUUUGAAAUAGCCGACAGCGGACUAAACGACCACCCCGGACACCACUUUUGAUACCCGGGUCUCGACUGAAAAGGCCUGCCUUACACAGAGAUAGUACCUGGGUAGGUCAGGCCAGGAUACGACUGCGAGGGACGCUAAAAGCUAACGCUAGCUUGCUCGCGAGACAGACAGUUAGCGGCUUUCGACGACCCGUCUCAUGGUCCCGGCUGGAUUUUCGGACGAACGGAGUCACGUCUUGGAAAUAAAGGACAGUCGAGUGCCGCGUUGUUGUCUCGGCGCUCGCUCGGAAAAUUGACACGCUAACGCUACCGAGCUACCGUCCGCUGGCCAUAUCUGCUGGAGUUAGCUGCCGUGCUAGCCUAGCCAACUUGAAAGCGUUGGUCUCAGCAGCGGACUUGGAUACAGUCGCUCGGCUUGCAGUUUUCUGAAUUCGUCGCGGGGGGAAAGUGUUGGAAGAAAAAAAGAAACACACAUUUACACUCAUUUGUCAAUAAUGGUAGCUGUUAGCUAGUAGCCAGCUGUCCGCUUUCAUUGAGCCCACCCGACUGCGUUGAGAGGUGCUAGCAUCACUCCACGACUUGGAAAAAGGACAAACCCAGCCCGAACCCAGGGACACCACCAUCGGCCUGCCACCAUGGGCAACACGCCCACCGCGAAGAAGGGCAACGAGAUGGAGAGCGUGAAGGAGUUUCUUGCCAAAGCCAAAGAAGAUUUCCUGAAGAAAUGGGAGAAUCCAGCACAGCAAACUGCAGGAUUGGACCACUUUGAGCGUUUGAAGACCUUAGGCACCGGUUCAUUUGGUCGAGUCAUGCUGGUCAAACACAAAGAGUCGGGCCAGCACUUCGCCAUGAAAAUACUUGAUAAACAGAAGGUAGUGAAGCUGAAGCAGAUAGAGCACACACUGAACGAGAAACGUAUCCUGCAAGCUGUCAGCUUUCCCUUUCUGGUGCGACUGGAGCACUCUUUUAAGGAUAACAGUAAUCUGUAUAUGAUAAUGGAGUAUGUACCCGGGGGUGAAAUGUUCUCACACUUAAGGAGAAUCGGUAGAUUCAGUGAACCACACGCCCGCUUCUACGCAGCCCAGAUUGUACUGACCUUCGAAUACCUUCACUCACUGGAUCUCAUCUACCGAGAUCUGAAGCCGGAGAACCUGCUCAUCGACCACCAAGGUUACAUACAGGUAACAGAUUUUGGAUUUGCGAAAAGGGUGAAGGGCCGAACCUGGACGCUUUGCGGGACCCCAGAGUACCUGGCACCAGAGAUUAUCCUCAGUAAGGGUUACAAUAAAGCAGUGGAUUGGUGGGCUCUGGGAGUGCUGAUAUAUGAGAUGGCUGCUGGUUACCCCCCCUUCUUCGCAGACCAGCCUAUUCAGAUUUACGAGAAGAUUGUAUCGGGGAAGGUUCGCUUUCCCUCUCACUUCAGCUCGGACCUGAAGGAUCUGCUGAGAAAUCUGCUUCAGGUGGACCUGACCAAGCGCUUCGGCAACCUCAGGAACGGAGUCAAUGAUAUCAAGGGUCACAAGUGGUUUGCCACCACCGAUUGGAUCGCCAUCUACCAGAGGAAGGUGGAAGCUCCCUUUAUUCCUAAAUGCAAAGGCCCCGGCGACACGAGCAACUUUGACGACUAUGAGGAAGAGGAAAUCCGAGUCUCCUUCACAGAAAAGUGUGCAAAGGAGUUUGCUGAGUUCUAGAUUCCGACCAUGGGUAGCGGAGCGAGUGCGAGAGACAGAAAGAGAGGGAGAGAAAGGCAUCUAGAAAGUAAAUAGGGGGUCUGAAGACGGGAAACGCUAGGGUGGACUGCUAACUUGCUUAUUUGAAUUGACGACAACAAUGUAAAAUCCCCCCCCCCCAGUGGAAAUGUAGGCAAAGUGAAGGAAGAUCCAGCAGAACCAGCAGUGUUGCCUUUUCUGAUUGUUUCUCAGCUGUUACCUAUUUGUUUUAUUUAUCCCUCUUGUGUUUGUGGCAGGGGCUUGAGGAGAACAGGCAAUCGGUUGUCGCUGUUCAGCUAGACUUGUAUCUUUCUGAUGGUGUAAUGACGCGUUCUAAGUCUUUGCAGGUUGAGGCAUUGAUUUUUCUGUUUAGGGUACUGAAUCUUCUAUGCUCUUUUUUUUCCCCCCCUAAACGGGCCCCUCUCUACGAGCUUCUCAAGGAGUGAUUGUUGUAUCUUGUCACCCUGGUCCCCCCUCACCCACCCCUCCAUCUCUCCAUAAUGAAUCUGUCCAAGCAAUACCAAGUCCAACAGAUGUGCCUAUCAUAAUGCCAACUGGUUGGAAAACUGUGGAAAGCAUUGGUGUAGAGCUUUGGCUGUGGUGGCAUCGGCCUUUGUGCCCCGUUCUUUUUUUGGUUUGAAAGCUUGAAAACUCUCUGCGCCCGCCUUUGUCUGCUCCGUGUGGCAUGAUUAUAGGGAAGGUGAUGCGCUCACUGCUCGCAGCCGAAGCAGUGGGGGACCUCUGUGAUCAGAGAGAACCAGAUUUGUCACAGUAAACGUCAUUGGGGUCUCUCCGCUUCUUGGGGACCUGUAAGAAAUGGUAGACGUGAGGUCUGCGUUUAAAUCUUUCUCUUAGCUGAAUUUAUUAGAGCAUUUAAAAAAAGAAAAUCCUAUCGGUAAUCAUUUUGUCCUUUUUUUUUUUUUGUCAAUCUUUGUGCUUGUGUGUUAUUUAGUGCUCAUGGGUGGGUUAAACAGCUGUGAUUUAGCAGCAACUAACAUUGUGGUCACACUCCUGACUAUUGUUUAUUUAAUUCAAAGUAUACAUAUAUAUUUAUAUAUAUAUAUGUGUAUGUAUAUGUAUAUAUAUGUGUAUGUAUAUGUAUAUAUAUAUAUGUAUGUAUAUAUAUAUCUAUAUGAGAUAGAGACAUCUUUUUCAACAUUGUCUCAUAGCUGUGACACUGACUUAAGAUUUCAUAAAUAAACUAAUAUAAAUUCUGCCAAAUUUGCAAACUGAGAACACUGCAAAGUUUUCUGUAUGUAACUCUGGUGGUGGUGGAUUUUAAUACGCAAACAACAAAAAAAGAAAAAAAGUAGCAAAAUGUUUCAACAAAAUGUGCAUGUUAUUUUUGUACAAUAUCACUUUUAAAGAAGGCAUAGCGUUAUGCUUCACUCACUCGAGCUGACGCACUGGAGACCGCGGAUUGACACGCGUAACUAUUAAUGCGGACUCUCUCGACUGCUCUGUUUCGAAAGAUGGAACGAGACCCAGAGAAAUGUCUGAAAGCUCCUCUGGCCUCACUGGCAACAGUUUGUCACUGAACUUGUGCAUCCAAUCUUGAUAACCCCCCCCCCCCCCCCUUUUCUCUUGUAUAUACCUUACAUGUUACACCUUCACAUAGAUUUGCGGUCCGACCACAUUUUGGGGACUGUUUGCGAUUGGAGUGUUUUUUUGUUUUUCCGUUUUCCGGCUUUCUGUGUGACAUUAAACUAAGGAAGCGAUCCUAACACUGUCCCGCCCUUUUUGCCAAGUUUAUUUCUGUGGAUGCAAGACAAUCACAGACCUAAUCUUAUUGCUGGUUUGUUGACUGAACACAUUGUUUUGGUUUGAUGAAGGAUGUUUGCUUUCACCCAGCCCAUCCUCCUCCUCCCCCUCCACAGCCCCUAGGUGCUAGAAAAAAAGUUUCUGUGAAUCGUUUGAUGUGCAUCACUCUAUUUGUCCAAUCUUGUGUCACGUCAUUUUUUCGCGAAUGUUUUUUUUUUUUUUCGACUUAAUGAUUUUCGGUCGGGCUUUGAGUAAUUAUUUUGAGGGGAGUCUGUUGAUGUAAUUGAGAUCAAACACAGGAUAGCUUUUGAAUGUCUUGAAUUGUCUGAUGGAGAUGUCUCCAUGCCGUGUGGAAACGUGACGGUGUGUAUUCUUUAUGAUACAUAUUUCUCUGGCGAGCUUGGUUUUUCUUGCAUGUGGUAGAACAACCCAACAGCAAGAUACCCCCCCCCCCAAUCUCGGACCCGAGACAAUGUGUGAGGAAGCGUAGUUUCCACAGCCGACAGCCUCAUCACCAUUUAACCUUUCAGUCGUGAGCAUCACAUUCAACAAUGCGGUGGAUCUCACACCAACUUGUCUUUUGCAAAUAGUGAAGCACAUGCCACACUUUUUUUUUUUUUUUUCAAAUGUCCUAUUUAUUGAUUUUUGCUAAUACUUUGAAAUUUUUGAGACCUAAUGUAAAGCUUUGAAGAGAGCACAUGUAAUAUCUUUGGUCUUUAAGUUCUGACUAAUGACUAAAUCAUAGGUGGUGGGUAGAGGGCAAUGCCACCAUCACAAUGCUUUUUUUGUUUUUGUUUCCCAUACAAAAGUUCUUGUCAGUCGUCUUAAAAUCUUUUAUCAGCUAAACACUAUCAACUGAUCUGUGCUCGUUCUGGGUUCUUCUCCUGUGUUUGCCUUCUACGUUCAUCAGGUUUUCACACACUCUUCAUUCAAACAUAACACUUUUUACAUCUGAGAUGUUUUGCGUUCAUAUUUUCUUAUUGUAUUUUCAAAAAAAGGAGAGAGAGAGAGAAAAAAAAGAAAAAACAACAUUAAUCCUUUCCUCAUGACCUGGGUACAGUGAUUGUGUAGUCUAUUGUACCUUUUGGGAAACAAUACUGUAUAUCCUUGCCUUUGACAGUCUUAACUAUCUUACCCUCUGGUGAACUUGACAGAUACCCUUAGAACACAAUGAGUAUGUUAAAAAAAAUAUACAUAAAGUAAUAUUUUGCAAAAUGUAUCAUUCCAAUAAAGUUUUACUUGUUAAGACUAA